CAGUUGGAGCGUCAACAUCAUCAUUUUAGUAUCGUAACAGAUCGAGUCGGAUCGGAUCGGAUCGGAUCGGUGUUCCUUGUUCACAGAAUCUCCAAUACAAAAUCUCAAAAUAUCAUUAACAAAAGUGUUUAAUCUUCAAUAUGUGUGGCAGUAAAUAAGGUGCACAAAUAAAAGUGUCAAAGUGCAAACGCAAAUAUAAAGAGGCAUAAAUUAAAUGUCCAAUUGAAUUGAAAUACACAGAAAUAUUGCAAAGUAAAUAGAAAAUGUUGAAACAUAUUGAAAUGUACUUGGUCAUUCCGCUAAUCGUCGGCUUUGCCCUGACGGACGGGGCCAACUAUCACCGGUCUUGGUCGUUCAAUCUGCCGGAUAAUAAUUAUCGUGACGUGCGAAAUGUGACCGCGAAAGACGCUGUCAUCUACAAGUACAUCAGGCCCACCAUGUAUCCGACCUCGACACCGGUAAGGAGCAGUGAUACAGAACCCUACGGCUACUACCAGGACCAGGAGGAGGAUGAGUGGGACGAGGGUCUCUUGAUGGGGUCCCACAAGCGCGUGCCACGGCAUCCGCAUGAUAAUUAUAAUCAAGUGGAUGGCUCGAGCACCGACUUUGAUGAGGACUAUCCAUCCGAUCAGGCGCCAGGCAGUGUCACGGCAGAGAAGGAGCAGAAAUUGGGAACACAAAGCAGGGUGCUGGCAUCCCGGCAGGCCUACGAGGAGAAGGAGAUCAAGCACACUACAUUCAUCCUACUGGCCAGAGCUCACAACAACCGGGUGAACAGAGAAGCGGAAUGCAGGGUACCCAAGGCCCAAGUCAUCUACAUGAUUGGAGAGACAAAUAUACAGUAUUAUCCUCGAGCCACGAUACUCCAUCGUUGCGACAGUUCCACUGGCUGUUGUCGGGAUGGGGAGAUCUGUUCCGUGAAGAAAAACGUCACAGUGGAGCUGCCUUUCAUGCUGAACAAUCGUGGCAGAAUGAUCCCAAUGGUCAAUCACACCGAAUGCGAAUGUGUGCAGAAUAUGAGACGUCGCAAGCGCAGCACCCAGUGCCAGUGUCCCAAGCACUUUAAGGACUUUAGCUGGCGGGGAAGUGGAGCUAGCGAGGUGUUGCUGCACUGCCGCUGCGAUUGCCAUCUCAACGAUGCGGCGUGCCAGAGGUUAAAGAACGGCGAGGAAGGCUUCGCCAUGAAUGACCGAAUUCGCAUACAGCAUCGGGAGAGCAGUCAACCGAUCUGCAACUAUGGCCUCUAUGAUGUGAAAAACGGACGCUGCCCACGUCCGGGCUCAGUGCAUCAGACGAAGCAGCAGACAAAGCUGCAGUGGGGCAAGGGCUAAGCUGAAGCGCCCUGGAGCCUACCGCCCUCCAGCGAGUGCCGUCGCCACUUAACCGAAAGCACUCCAGAACUGUGUAUACACUAAAUAUUACUUAUAAAAGCUUACGAUUAAUGCAUAUUUACUAUCGACCUAAAACUAAGCAAGAGGAGAAGAAUAUUCAAGUUCCGUUCAGAAGUAUUUGCAAUUAACAUUCAGUGUACUUAAGAUACCUUCGACUAAGUUCAUACCUUAAGCUAUUUACCGCGUGUAUCUGUAUUCAAUUAAACGAUACUUCUAGUCACAGAAA